AUGGCUGUAGAGUCAGGACCUCAUCCAUCUCUGACUCGUUCAAGAACUUUGAUACUCCAGGAUCUCCUCAAGCCAGCUUUGUGUCCAACACACUUUCAUCAGGAUCCAACAAAUCCUAUCUUCCCCCUCGCUCGUCUCGUCGAAGCCUCUAAUCUUCUCGACAAAAUCCAUACCACUAUUAAUAGCCCCACUGCAGAGAGCACAUUCAACAUAGAAGAAUAUAUUCUGACCAUUCAAACGAUCAUAAACCUCCAAACCAUUUUGAACACGGAGAUCGAGAACAGAAUCCACCUCUAUUCGGGUGGACUAGGUCUGUGUAAUCUUGCCCUCCUAAUAGCAUUCGAAAACGGUGCUGAUGCCCCGCCCAUCGCCACUGUCAACAAGAACUGCAAAUACAGUGCCACAGAAUCUCUGAACUCGGUCCUUUCCACGAUCAUGAGUACGGUUGAACUCUCCACGUCAGGGGCGAGAUCCAUUGAUUUCAACCUGCUUCCGCCAUUCACCACAUUUUUGGUAUACAAAGCAGCGGCGAUUUUGACGAAGGGACUCCUGAUGGAUCCUAGAAGUAGAGAUUGGAGUGAGAGACUGAAUAAUUUGAGACUUUCAAGAAACUUCCUAAGGAUCGUGUCAGCGCGGUGGUUGGCUUGCGAGCGUUACCUCAAUCUUCUUGAUGAAGACACAACACCACGCAUCCUCAAGGCUCUAGAGGAAGGAGGAUAG